AUGGCAAGUAGUAGCACUCCAACAGCCAAGCCUGGCUACAUGCUCUCUCGCGGGUUUACCGCCAACACAAGGAUAGCCCUUCAACACUACCUGUGGAAAGAUGGUUUAAACUACCUCCUCCAUCCCAGUAUACCCACCACUUCAAAAGAUCUCAAAAUUGCUGAAAUUGGUGUUGGAACUGGCAUCUGGCUUAUUGAGCUCGCUCGUACUCUCCCCCCAACAGUGCAACUCGAUGGCCUAGACAUCAGUUUCGGACAAUGCCCGCCAAAAGAGUGGCUACCUCAGAAUAUAGCGUGGGUUACACAUGAUGCCUUUUCAGAACCCCCCGAGGAGUUGCUAGAGAAAUAUGAUGUGAUUCAUGUACAACUGUUUAUUACACUCAUAAGGGAUGGGAAUCCCGUGCCGAUGUUGAAGAAUUUGAUAAAAAUGUUAAAGCCCGGAGGAUACAUAUCGUGGGGUGAAUGGGAUGUCGCCACCUGGGAGGUCAUAAGGAUUCCCUCCGCUCCAUCUCAAACCAACGAAGAGCUCAAUGAACUUCGAGAAUACACCUCGACGCUAGGGAAAACGAGGCCCGGCCCAAGUUUCAUUAGCAGCGGCUGGAUCACCCGCCUACACCAAACGUUCGCUGAAAAUGGUCUCUCAAACGUCAUUGUCGACCGGCAUAAAUUCUCAACAGAAAUCGCAACACUACUGCUCGAUACAUGGAUGGUUGCGAGCCAGGAGAUCAGUGCUAAUAUUCUAGAUGGGCUGGGAGGUGGACAGGGGGAUGUUGCAAGAGCGCUGGUCGAGGAGGUCGGCAAGAAUCGUGGGAACACCGCGUUCAACUUAGAGCGGGUUAUCACCAUAGGCCAAAAGCCGUUGAAGUGA